AGAGGCGAUACGCAAACACAGGCGAAAGGUGAAAGGGAAAAUUGUACAGGAGAGAAGAGAAAACAAAAGAAAAGAAAAAGGAGAAAAGGAGAGAGAGAGAGAGAGAGAGAGAGAGAGAGAGAGUCGUGGUGGGAGCGGAUUACUUUUGAUGCUUGAUUGGAUUCAAGGGAAUAAUCAAAAGAAGCUCUGAUUAUCGGGAAUUUGAACAGAUGGAUAACUUGUUGGCUCUUUCUCUCUGCUUUUCUCUUUGGAAAAACAAAAGAUUUUGGCAUGGAGUGGAACUGUACGGGUACUAAAAGUAGGAGAAGGUGUAGAAAAGGUGAAACAGUAAAUACUUUUGCGAAGAUAAUCAAAAUGAAGUGUCUGUGCUCCGGGGAGCAAAUGCAAACACUAGACGAAACGUUUCCAACAGUUCCUUCAUCCCAGUCCCUUGCUACCAAGGACUAUCCAAUAAGUGUGUUGUCUUCUAGUACUGGGGAGAUCACCAAGAAGCCGGACGCUGGCAAUAUAGAGGAAGCCGAGUUAUCUCUGCGCGAGACUACUUCUUUGAACUAUGAGGAGGCAAGAGCAUUAUUAGGAAGGAUUGAAUUUCAGAAAGGAAAUGUAGAAGCUGCUCUACAUGUGUUUGAAGGGAUAGAUAUUGCAUCAGCAACACCCAAGAUGAAAGCCACCCUUGCUGGAAGAGAAGAACGUCAUAAGAAACAUCCUAAAGACGUUACUGCUCCACAAAUGUCCAUACAUGCCGUGAGUUUGCUAUUUGAAGCAAUCUUUCUCAAAGCUAAAUCAUUACAACAUCUUAGAAAGUUUAAAGAAGCUGCUCAAGCUUGCAAAGUUAUUCUGGAUAUAGUUGAAUGUUCAUUACCAGAAGGCUUUCCCGAAAAUUUUAGUGCGGACCUAAAGUUGCAAGAGAUUAUAACCAAGGCUGUAGAGUUGCUUCCAGAAUUGUGGAAACAUGCUGAUUGUCCACAGGAAGCCAUCUUGUCGUACCGAAAGGCGCUUCUCAACCAUUGGAACCUUGAUGCAGAAACUACUGCAAAGAUUCAACUGGAUUUUUCCAUUUUUCUUUUAUAUUCCGGAUGUGAGGCAAGCUCUCCAACCCUCCGCUCCCAAAUGGAUAGUUCAUUCGUACCCAGAAACAAUAUAGAAGAAGCAAUUCUGCUCUUAAUGAUACUGCUGCGAAAAGUUUGUAUUAAAAGAAUUGAAUGGGAUCCGUCAAUAUUGGACCACCUUUCAUUUGCUCUAUCCAUAGCAGGAGAUUUACGGGCUUUGGCUAAACAAGUGGAAGAGUUGCCUCCUGGUAUUAUAAAUCGGAAAGAAAGAUAUCAUUUACUGGCUCUCUGUUAUUAUGGUGCAGGAGAAGAUUUGGUUGCUUUGGAUCUGUUUAGGAAGUUGCUGAGUAGUAGGGAGGAUCCAAAUUGUCUUCCAGCUUUAUUAAUGGCAUCAAAAAUUUGUUGUGAACACCCUCAUCUUGCAAAAGAGGGGUUAAGAUAUGCUUCCACAAUCCUUGAAAACUUGGAAGCUGGAUGUCAUCUGGUAGAAAGUACUGCCAAUUGUUUACUUGGUUUGUUGUUUGCAGCGCAUUCUAAAUCAGCCAUCAGUGAUUCUGAGAGGUUUACAAGGCAAUCUAAGGCACUUCAGGCCCUAGAGAAAGCUGGGAGAAUCACUGAAAUGAAGGACCCUGUUGUUCUUUACCACCUCAGCCUGGAAAAUGCAGAGCAGAGGAAGUUGGAUGCUGCUCUGUAUUAUGCAACAUCUAUGCUGAAGCUAGAAGGUGGAUCUAAUGUUAGAGGAUGGUUACUGCUGGCCCGUAUAUUAUCAGCCCAGAAGCAAUUUGCAGGUGCUGAAACUAUUAUUAGUGCUGCUCUGGAUCAGACAGGGAAAUGGGACCAAGGAGAAUUGCUGCGUACCAAGGCUAAGCUGCAGAUUGCACAGGGUCAACUAAAGCGUGCCAUCGAGACAUAUACUCAACUUCUUGCUAUUCUUCAAGUUCAGAGUAAAGGCUAUGGUUCUCAAAAGAAGCUUCAUAAGAGCCAUGCAAAGCCGUAUAGAAGUUUGGAGUUGGAAGUAUGGCAUGAUCUUGCUUAUGUCUACAUAAGUUUGUCACAGUGGGGAGAUGCUGAGGCCUGUCUUUCCAGAUCCGCAGCCAUCAGCCCUAACUCAGCAGCUAGAUUGCAUGCCACUGGUGAACUCCACAGAAGGAAAGGCCUUCACAAACAAGCACUGAUAGACUUUUCAAGGGCUCUUGACAUUGAUCCCAGCCAUGCUCCAAGCUUGAUAGCCAUAGCGGAGAUUCUUAGGGAAGCUGGCUGUCAACCAAAUGCUGUCGUCCGAAGCUUAUUGAUGAAUGCGCUGCGAUAUGACAGAACAAAUUCAUCUGCUUGGUAUAACCUUGCCCUCGUUCACAAAGCUGAGGGGACUGCAUCUUCCAUGCAAGAGGCAGCUGAAUGUUUCCAGGCUGCCGCAGUACUUCAAGAAUCCAUACCUAUCGAGCCCUUCAGAUGACUCUCUCCAAAACUGGAUACAAACUUUUCUUUCUUAUCUUUAUGGACCCGAGAAAAGAUACUGUUGCGAUUUUCUUUCCUUUCUUCUUCAUUUUCUUUUCUCACCACAGGUAUAUGUAGUUGCAUUUUGAUGUCGUAAUACAGAGGAAAUAGGAAUAAAAGAAAUAUUCUUGUAUAUGAAUGGCUUAUCUAGGGAAACAAAACUGGCAACAACCCAGGUUGCUGAAAAUGAAUGUGAUUGCAGUUAUACA